CCCCUUUACUUCCCUCCCUCCCUCCCCCCCCCCAUCCCUCUGUCAGUCCGGCUGCCUUGCACCAACUAGACGGAGGUAGAGGUGUGGACAGGAGGCAGGAGGCAAGCUGGCACCUCCACCCCAACACGCCAGCCCCGUCAACACAGCUCGACAAUGCCGGUGAAAGAUGCCGCAAACAUGCACUCGGAUUUCCAGCCCAAACUACUGAGCCCAGACCUCUCCCCCGAUGUGUCUUGUGGAUCGACCCACGGGGUGACCCCGACAGACCUGACUCCAUCGCUGGACUCCCCGUCGCCGGACUCUCCCUACUUGAUGCCGCUUGCCGCCGACGCGUCCAAGUGGCCGACGGGAGGGGAGCGUGGCCUUGUCUCCGCCGCCGGCUCCGGUGUGGACUUGGCCGCGCCCAUCAGCCGGCCCGCCGAUGAGGAAACCCGGCCCCAGCCCGAAGGAGCCAGCUGCGAUGCCGACGCCGGUCACUCCUACCCCGAAUCGGCCGAAGCCGCGCCGCCAGUCAGGGCGGCCGCCCCGUCUGAUCUCCGUCCCCCUGAGCGCAAGGUGGGAGUCCCUCGGGAAAUGGUGGGCCUCUUUGGACUGAGCACCGCCGACGGCCACCAGCCGGUCGCGCCCGACGCCGGCGCGGGGGUCUCCAAAGUGGAAGGUCCGGACGUGAGGAGACACCCUCGGGAAGGUCCAACGCCCAGUGAAAACCCUCCCUCGGGAAGUUUGGAGGCCCGCGCCGGCGUCUCGGAGGCGGGAGGCUUUCCGGAGACGGGCACCACCCCCAGAGAGGAACCGGACGGGGACACGCAACUGGCGGACACCAAAGCGGGCAGGGAGGCCGACAUGCCCGUUCCUUUGCCUCUGGUCGGGAAGGACGUGGAGCGCGCGGAAACGGACCAAGAUGCGCUGAGCGUAGGCGAGGACGAAGCUGGUCUUGCCGAGGCUACGCUUGGCCCCGCUGACCUCCCUCCCUGUGACAUGAGUGUGGGCAUGGAGUACCCGCCAACGCCAGAAGCUCAGGACUUUCCAAGCAUUGGAAGGGAGCGUUCUGCCCUCGUAGACCUGCUCGAUCUGGUGACAAGCGCUGACAGCGGGAAGGACGAAACUUCUCAAGGUCAGGAUCACGCAACCAUUUGCCACACUGACGUGGCUUGGUCUUACUUGGAACCCACCAAAGAAUUGCUGGUGCCCUGCAGCCCAGCGGACCUGGCGUUCGCCACGGAUCAGGACCUUUUCUUCACCGCGCCAUCCACCCCAGUGAAGAUGGCCAGCGGGGCCCACAAGUACUUUGCAUUCCUGAAGCCCGGCUUGCACGAGGAAUGCGCGGAGGCCGCGGAGAGCGAAGACAGCGAGGACUGCGCCUGCUCCCCGCCCACCUCCCCCUCCGGCUCGUACAGGACGGCGGACGGGAGCAGCUGGACAUCGUCGGGGACCCCCAACACCUCCUUGUCCUGCUCCCCCAACCUGCUGGCCGAGGCGGAAGCCAUGGAGGUGCCCGCCUGCUACGUUGAGUCGCUGUCGGCCUUCGCCGAGGAGCUGAACGAGGAGGUCCCGCCUCUGCCCAGCGCCCCUCACUACAGCGUGGCCGACGAGGACAUUUGGACCUCUACGGAGGAGUCAACUGAACGGUGCCUUACCGAAACGCAAGAUGACCUCGUUCCGUUGGCGUUCGAUAACGAAAAUCUGGAGACCAGCGAAGACGAGGCGGGCGUGGGUGAAAAUGGGAUUGACGCCGACUGUGGAGAUGAAUGGGACGGGGGUGAACACGAAGAUGACUCGGAUGAAGACGGGCAAGAAAAUAUAACCCGGGACAUUUCCAGCACUAGUUCUGGAUUAACUCAGGCCCUGGACACGACAAACUGCGACACCGAACUAGGGGGCUCACCAAAGACCACACCGAAUGUUACAGGCGUGGAAGACAUUUCUUCCCGUGGAAACUUCGAAGGUGCACCAGAGUCUCGUCGGCAGGAAGAAGCUACGCCAGAUCCAAUGUGCAUGGGGGAAUUUAAUGAUGGUGGAUUUAGUAGCGGGAAUAUUGUGACCACACUUGGGAAUACAGGCAACCGGGUGGAAUUGGAAUUGGAAUUGGCGGACAUUAACGUCGAUGACCUCUCCUGGCGGGAUGAGCCCAACCCAGGUCAGGAUCGAGUUGGGGAAGGAAGCACACAGCCACUGGGCCUGGUCGUCAGCAUAUCCUGCCCGAAGUCAGAAGAGGGCGACGUGUUUUCGGAGUUGCGCUGCAUGACGGUGGAAGAGGUGGGCGUGGACUACGAGCUGGGCGAGGGCGCCGUUUUCCCGGCGGGCGAUUACCUGCUGGCCGAGGAGAGGCGCGGGUAUGGGAGACAUCGCGGCGGCCGGCGUGCCAACGCCCCCCUGGCUUCCUCCGAGGAGCUGGCCGAAGAUUACAACGACUCGGCCACCGAGGAAAGGAGCGGCCUCCCCGGUCGCGGCUCGGAGGUCAGCGUCAAGCCGCCGAUCCCGGGGCCGCUCGAUCAGACGUUUACCGCCGGCGUGCCGCUCGACAGUUUCCUCGAAGUUGAAGACGAACUCGAGGGGUCCCUGCCUCUGGAUUUGGGGGUCUGUUCCCCUCCAGAGGGACGGGGUGAAGCAUCGGAGACGGGAAGAGGAAGGGGGAGCGGAAGCCCCGAGGUGGGAACCGGGGCAACGCCGCAAUCUCCGUGGCAAACGCAGCCGGUCGGCGAGAGGAUGGUGCCCUUGUCCUCGCUGUCCUUUCUGGGCAGUAUCAUCUUCGAGGCGGAAUCUAUCGAGGUGACUUCGGUGGCCCCGGCAGAGCGGGGCGUUGGCACCGAUAUUACCGCCCCCCACAGAGUCGACGAUGGAGGCCGCGCCGCCGGAGACGGCCACGGCGUUGGAGGAGAAGAAGACGAGGACAGCUCGGCGUCCUUCCUCCACUCGCUGUCCGAGAACUCCAUCACGGCGGGCGUCGAUGAGUCCUUCGCCUUCCAGGACACCGCGUCCGAAUCGUCGGCCUCCGCUUCCCUGGACGGGGAGGACGAGAGGAUGUCAGCCGACCACUACGAGCUGCCGCCGGCGCCGGGGGCCGACCGGGUGGAGAGCGUGGCGGCGGAGGAGACGUGCGCUGGUCCGGACGAUGGCGACGACGAGGACGACAGCGAGGAGGAUGAGGAGGAAGAGAUGUCUUCGUCCGGCUCCCAGACCAGCACCGAGGCGUGCGGGCCGUACUGCACCGUCGGCAUGGCGCCGACCAUUUUGCCGCCGCACCGCCACGGGGACUCCCACUCCGAAGGAUCGCCGGAGAGACGCAGAAAAGAACCCGAGGGCGUCGACACCAGCGGCGGGGACGGCUCUCCAUCCUUGACCCUCGCGGAAGUGACCGAACCGCCGCAAGGUCAGGAUUCUCCGCCAGAGACGGGCGGUUUCGGGGCGGAGGAUCCGCCCUCCCGGCUUCUCCCCAGCCCGUCAGACGAGUCUCGCCAAACACCCUCGGCCCAGGGCGCUGACGCUAGCCCGGAGAAUCCUCCAGAGGCGGCGGUGAAGGUUGACCAGAUUGAGGCGCGUCGUACGGAUUCCAUCAGAUCGGAUCCGGCCAUUUUCAACACCCCCGAGUCCUCAUCUCCCGGCCAAUCCCAAACUAUAGAUACCCACGGAGGCAAUGGAAGACCAACGUCUCUUGGUUCCGCACCAGAUUCCUCAGAGGAAGAUCUGUCCUUUGACUCCUCAGCCCUUGGGGAGACGAGUGGCGAAUUGGCGCCAAGUCUAAGGCGAUCGCCAGAAUUGGAACCUCUCUCUACCUUGCACCGAGCUCAAUCCGGUGGCUGUGGUGAAGCCCCAACCAUGCCUCUGGACACGAGGGACCACCCGUCCACGUGGUCAAAGUCAGAGCGUCUUCCGUCGCAUUUGGAGAAGACGAAGGUGAACGAAGAUGAGCUUGACGUGGAACUGGCCUCCGAUCUCCCCGAGGGCAUGAAUAAGUUUGACGACCCUCGCGAUCUCCUCGCUGGGGCGUCGCCCGGGGGCGACGAGAUCAAGGGACCCAAUGUAGAGAUGGCCUUGAACGUCCCUGUGGACCUGGCCAACGAGGUGGACCUCCCUAACGUCAGCUCCAGCGAGUCCAACUCGGAGAACAACAGCAACACUGUGGUCACAAUACAGAAGCCAUGCGGAGGAAGCCAGUACUCGAUUGGGAAGACCAUAGAUUCCUCAAACAUCAAUGUCGUCGGCGAGGAUUUAGAGUCGGUUUGUAAGAAGAUCGAUAAUCAGUCUACUUGUCUUGAAGAGACUGAACUCUCUCCCUGCGGCAGUCCGUUCCACUUGGAUGCGGCCAUGUUAAAUAUCCCCGAGUCUUCAUCUCCUGGCGCAUCGGAAGUUGCAGGUACCCAGGGAGACGAUCGAAGGCCGACGUCUCCGUGUUCCGCGCCGGAUUCCUCAGACGAGAGCGCGGCGGAGGACCGUGACGUUCCUCUCCCUGCCGCGGAGCCGUUGGAAAUGUCGCCCGGAAGAAGCCUGGCUGUGGGACCUGGCACCGUCAUCGCCUUGGGCUUCCGAGACAUGCCUCUGCCUCCCCAUGGAACCGGGAGCGCGCGCCACCUUGGGCCGAUCGAGGGAGGACCUCCUUCCUUGCCGACCGCCGGCCAGUCCGAAGCCAAGUCUGGCCUCAACAACCUUUCCGGUCUCACGAGCGCCGGGAAAACCGCUGGAGCGGACACAAAAAACUCGGGAGGAGAUCGUUUGGAAGAGCAACACGACGAGAUGUUCAACAUUGCACCGACAGAAGUGAUGAACAUUGUUCCCAUGGACAGCCCAGUGAAUGGGGACACGGAAUCUGGGUUGGAGAUGGAGGAUGAUGCCAUGACCAGUGUAGCAGAACCUUCUGAACCUCCACCCUUGGCUGAAGACACCAAAACUAUAGAUGCCUUAGAGACCCAUAACCCUAUUGGUAGCACCGGUCCUUCAGUAGAUGCUAGUCCUCAAGAGGAAGUGACCUCAUCGGAUUCAUUCCACUUCCUGUCCAUCGAGAUGGAGUCCAGUUACUCCGAACCAUCGCUGGGUGAACCAGAUCAACAAUUAGAGGACCAGCGGGUCAAAGAUGGAGCAGACAUCAAAGCUUGUAGUAUUGGUAGUCAAAAACAUUCUGAUGCUCGGCAAAAAGUUGACAUUGACCAAGAUAAUAGGCCAGAUCCUGAGUUUGGCCCAAACUCUACAUUAAGACAAGAUUUGCUUCUGCGUUCAGUCUCCUCGUCGCAAGGACACUUUGAGCCCAUUAGGUUUGCAAGUGUUCAGACUGCAACUGCCGUUGGCCCACUGAGGGCCCUGAGCUCCACUUUCGAAGUGGGCGCGCAUCCGAUGGCCAGCUCGGGAGGGAUCGCGGGCCAGAUCAGACCUCCCACCACGCCUCUGGAACCCGUGGAAGAUGUGGGCGAUGAGGAGGAGCCCUCCGACGUCCUGCCGGGCAACGGCGGCAGCGGCGGCAGCGUUGGCGAGACGACGAAAGACUUGGAUACGAUCCAGGAGGAGAGCAAGGAACAGAUGGAGCUCUUGGACAGCUUGCCGGACAUGACCCACCCCGGGGAAGACACAGAUCCACCACUGGAGAAUCUUGCCCACACAUUUGCGAAUCAAAUGAUAAAAGAUUAUCAAGCGGAGCUUUACAAAAAUACAUCGGAACCGGACAGUGUCGACUCAUGGACCACAAAGCCAGCAGGCACCGAUCGCCUUGGGACAGAAGAGGCUUCAAGUGCAUCAGCUUUCCAAAGUCAAAGUCAAUUUUAUUCGACAAAGAUCCAGGGGACAGAGGAUGGGGAUUUUGUGGGUCAGUUGGGAACGACCAGUUCCCACCCAGGGGAUGGUGCUUGUAAACUGGACAGUUCCAUUAGAGUAGAAAAUGAUAAUGGUCAAGCAGAAGCUUCUGGCUUCCCAUCAGAUGAUAGCACCCGCAGAUCCACCGUUGUAGAGUUGGCGGACGCUUGCACGGCUGGCCGUGUGCUGCCGUCCAAUGCCGAACCGGAAGAUGCUUCCAUUCAACCAAAGGCCAUGAAUGGAAUGGGAGAGGAAGAUGUUCGUUCCGGGAAAUCGGACGUUUCGGGUGUCGUCCCAGAAGGUGCAGGCCCCGCGUUGGACGAGGGGGGAGGGGAUUCUGUCGGUCGCUUGGAGGUCUCCGACAACAAGCCAAGGAAUGAUCCCGACCAAUCCGGAAUCACGGCCAUAACACUGGACGAUAACGGAAAUGGAAUUGUGUUGCCCGGAGCGUCACCGGAUGGACUUGCACGUAAACAAGAUGCGCCAGUUGGAGAUGGCGACGAGCAAGUGGUAAGCAUCUGUUCAGGGAGCAGCGUUGAGAUGGUGGAGGUCCCUGACUCAAGGAUGGGGGGCACUGACUCUGUUGACGUCGUUGUGUCAGACGUUGACGACCAUAAGUCAACGAUGGAUGGACCGGUGGCUCCGAUGGACACAUUGCCGGCCGGAGAUGUUGACGGGCUUGAAGAAACGGGCGCUCUACCAGUGGAAGAGGAGAGUGCGUUAGCGGUCGGCGUUGCCCAAACAGGAGGAGAUCUCAGCCGGGAGACUGCGCCCACAUUAGAAGCUAAACAAGCAGAAGCCGAUCACAUUCAAGCAGGAGAUAUUGAUGGUAAAUUAGAUUCUAAUCCUGCAGAUUUAUGCCGAGAUGGAGAUAGUUCAGAGAUCUGCAAUGCUGCUAAAUCCUUGCAGACAAAAUCCAUGGAAACAUCAGAGGUUUCGGAAGGCUGCACGUCUCCGAUGAAGAAGUCUAGUAGCCUAUCGCAAAAUGAUUCUAGUGAACCGCCCCUUGAAGAUGAAACUGGGUUCUCUGAAAUUUCACCAGGACCAGAAGACAAGAAGGAUCAGGCAGUGGUUUCAGAUGCUCUCUUGGACGAUGUUCCUCCUCACAAUUUGGAGUCGGUGGACGCGAUGUCAAGUGACGAAGGGGGCAAAUUCACAGACACGUCCUCAAUUGGAGAGCUGGCGCAAGCCGUGCCACUUAAUGAAGCAGACGUCUCUACCAACACCUCCGAAGAGUUCAAGAAUGUAGGGUCCACCUUAAGAAGUGGCCCGUUAACAGUCAACGAGGGCUCAGAAGCCACAGGAGGUGAGGCACUAAGUAUCGUUGAAUCGGCAAUAGGUCAAGACACAAGGCUAGAAGACCACUUGGAUGCGGGCACAAGGGAUGGUGCGGAUGGGCCAAGUUCCUUCAGACAUCUGCCAGGACACGAUGAUCGAAGGUUAGAAGUCGCGGAGCCAGCAUCAUCUACAAGUGGCGAUCGGGAGACGGAGGUAACUGAUGCCCAGCUGGGAGACGAUGCCCGCUGCCUGGACAUCAGAAACAUGGCAGCAGAAAGUCAGCGACAGGGCGCGGCAAUUAUCUCACAAAUCAGUAGCGAUGGCCAACUUAACACCCUCGACUCCUGCCGCGCAGAAUCACCAGGGCAGACUGUUGGGCAACACGAGGAUUUGUACUCUGAACAAGGAGACGUCAGCAAACAACCGGAAAUCCCGGAUGAUCAUCAGGAGGUUUGUGAGACAGUGCCAAGACCUUCUCAGUCCAAGGUGGAAGACUCAGUUUCUGCGGAGGAGCUGGUUCCUGUGGUCCUGCCUCUGUCAGAGACCGCUGAGACUUGGCCUCAAGACCUGGACAGCAACGUGUCCCAGUUAAUGGAUCACCUCGGUCCCGAUGGCCAAGGUCCCGACGUGCCCCAGUUAAUGGAUCACCUCGGUCCCGAUGGCCGCGCAGGUAUCACUCCACAAGACGUGGCUGUUGGUGACUCCGGGUGCCGUGGGCGGGCCAGGAAACGCAAGCGAUAUUAACCGCCACCUGUUGUCCGAGCAGCCAAAUGAAGAAAUCCGUGAGGCGCCAACAUCCUCGAAGGGAUCAGAGUCUGCGCCUGCAGCUGAAUUUGACCUAUCCACCGAUGAAUCCAAUAACACAACAUUAGAUGGAUCCAGGUCAGAAGAUGUUGAGGUAUGUGACCACCUUAUUAUACGGUCGGAGCCGACUUGCGAGCCUUCCUCUAUCUCUCCCGUCUGUCGAGGAGCACAAGACGUCAUUCGGGGCUCAAAGGCCGAUGAAGUCGCUGCAAAACAUGAGGUGGUGCUGGAAGAGUCAGCGGCGGAGGUUCCCGGGAACGUGGGCGAAAGAGCGGGAGAGAAGGACGCAGCGGAGUGAGACGUCAGAGUCUUGUCCGCGCCAGGAGGCCGUAGGUUCAACUUGCACACGAGGGCUUGCUGAUUUAGA